AUGGCUGACGAAACGAGAGCUGUUGUGAACGAAGAGGAUUUAAACCAAUUAAAAGAAAGGAUGAAGCUGAUUGUUAGUGCCGAUCCCUCGCAAUAUCACAAUGAUUAUUCAUUGCGGAGAUACUUGAGAGCAUUUAAAACAGUCAACAAUGCAUUCCAGGCUAUAUUGAAAACAAACAAAUGGAGAGUAGAGUAUGGUGUGAGCGAGUUAAGUGAGAAUAAAGAGAUUAUAGAGAAAUAUUCCAACAAAGCAAGGGUACUUCGACACAGGGACAUUAUUGGCAGACCGAUAAUAUACAUUCCAGCAAAGAACCAUAGUUCCAGUGACAGGAACAUUGAUGAAUUGACUAAAUUCAUCGUCUACUGCUUGGAAGACGCCAGUAAAAAAUGUUUUGAGGAAGUCAUAGAUAAUUUGUGUAUAGUGUUUGACUUGAAUGGUUUCACACUGUCCUGCAUGGACUACCAAGUGCUGAAGAACUUGAUCUGGUUGCUCAGUCGGCACUACCCGGAGAGACUAGGUGUAUGCCUGGUCACAAAUGCACCAGCAUUCUUCUCUGGAUGUUGGACUGUUAUAAAACAAUGGCUGGACGAAAAUACUGCCAGUAAGGUUGUAUUUGUGAACUCAGAGAUGGAUCUGUGCCAAUAUCUGAUACCUGAUAUACUUCCUGAUGACAUGUAA